CCGCCCGCGCCCGGGGCUGGGCAGCGGCUCGCGCGCCCGGACGGGCCUCGCCAUGGCCACGCGUGUCCUGCUGCUCGCGCUGGCCGCGGCCCUGCAGGCGCCCCGCGCCGCCCGCGGGGUGAGUUGGGGGAGCACCUUAGCACCUGCCACACCUGAGACCCCGGCAAGGGGUGGGGGCGGAGCUCAUGAAGUGAUCAGCAUCUCGGCCUUGGAUGGAAGCUUCUGGAACCCGAUGGAGCAACUCCACCGGCAGGGUCACCCAGAAGUCCUGAGUUUCCGGAUCCAGCUGGAAAGCAGAUCCCUGGUCGUCCACCUGGAGAGAAACGAUGGCCUCAUCGCCAGUGGGUUCACGGAAAUGCAUUACCAGCAGGACGGGACUCUGGUCUCCCUCACUCGGAACCACACGGGUCACUGCUACUACCACGGGCACGUGCAUGGCCACCCCGGAUCCAGCGUCAGCCUCAGCACAUGCGCCGGGCUCAGGGGACUUCUGACCUUUGAAAACCAAACCUACAUCUUAGCCCCAGAGAGCAACGCCCGUAGCGGAUACACGCUCUCGCCGGCCCAGGGCCUGCCGGCCUUCAGGGGCUCCUGUGGGUCACAUGAUCAUCCUGCGGACCCCCAGCGUCCACCACCAUCCCAGACGCCGCCCAGACGGCAAAAACGAGAGACCCUCAGGAUGACAAAGUACGUGGAGUUGGUUAUCGUCGCAGAUAACCGGGAGUUUCAGAGGCAAGGCAAAGACUUGGAGAAGGUGAAGCAGAGACUCCUAGAGAUCGCUAAUCACGUCGACAAGUUUUACAGGCCCCUGAACAUCCGCAUCGUGCUGGUGGGUGUGGAGGUGUGGACAGACGUUGACAAGUGCUCCAUCAGCCAGGACCCCUUCACCAGCCUCCACGAGUUCCUGGACUGGAGGAAGGUGAAGCUUCUGCCGAGGAAAUCCCAUGACAACGCCCAGCUCGUCAGCGGGGUCUACUUCCAAGGCACCACCAUCGGCAUGGCGCCCCUCAUGAGCAUGUGCACGGCAGAGCAGUCAGGGGGCGUCGUCAUGGACCACUCAGACAGCCCCCUGGGUGCGGCUGUCACGCUGGCGCACGAGCUGGGCCACAACUUCGGGAUGAACCACGACACACUGGAGCGAGGCUGCAGCUGCAGAAUGGCGGUCGACAAAGGGGGCUGCAUCAUGAGCCCCUCCACCGGGUUCCCCUUCCCCAUGGCCUUCAGCAGCUGCAGCAAGAAGGACCUGGAGGCCAGCCUGGAGAAAGGCGUGGGGAUGUGUCUCUUCAACCUGCCGGAGGUGAAGCAGUCCUUCGGGGGCCAGAAGUGUGGCAACGGCUACGUGGAGGAAGGAGAGGAGUGUGACUGCGGGGAGCCGGAGGAAUGCACCAACCUCUGCUGCAACGCCUCCUCCUGCACCCUGAAGCCAGAGGCGGUGUGCGCGCACGGGCUGUGCUGUGAAGACUGCAGGCUGAAGCCUGCGGGGACAGCGUGUAGAGGUUCCGGCAACUCCUGUGACCUCCCCGAGUUCUGCACGGGUGCCAGCCCCCACUGCCCCGCCAACGUGUACCUGCACGACGGGCACCCGUGCCAGGGCGUGGACGGCUACUGCUACAACGGCAUCUGCCAGACCCACGAGCAGCAGUGCGUCACGCUGUGGGGGCCAGGUGCGAAGCCCGCCCCUGGGCUCUGCUUCGAGAGAGUCAACUCCGCCGGGGACCCCUACGGCAACUGCGGCAAAGACUCCAAGAGCUCAUUCGCCAAGUGUGAGGCCAGAGAUGCUAAAUGUGGAAAAAUCCAGUGUCAAGGCGGCGCCAGCCGGCCCGUCAUUGGUACCAACGCCGUCUCCAUAGAAACGAACAUCCCCCUGCAGGAGGGGGGCAGGAUCCUGUGCCGGGGGACCCACGUGUACCUGGGCGACGACAUGCCGGACCCCGGCCUCGUGCUUGCCGGCACCAAGUGUGCAGAUGGAAAAAUCUGCCUCAGCCGCCGGUGUCAGAACGUGACGGUGUUCGGCGUCCACACGUGUGCCCAGCAGUGCCACGGCAGAGGGGUGUGCAACAACCGGAAGAACUGCCACUGCGAGCCGCGCUGGGCACCCCCCUUCUGCGACCGGCUGGGCUUCGGGGGGAGCACCGACAGCGGCCCCAUCCGGCAGGCAGGGCAGCCAGGGACGACCGUGGGAAUCCUGGCCAGCGUCCUGAGCGUCCUGGCCGCGGCGUUCGUUCUGUACCUCAAGAGGGACACGCUGGUCCGGCUGCUGUUCACCAACAAGGAGACCACCAUCGAGAAACUCAGGUGUGUGCGGCCCCCGAGGCCGGCCAGCGGCCCCCAGUCUGGCUGGGCCCAGCUCCCCGCCCUGGGCCAGAGACCCCUGAGGAAGCCGCCUCUGACCAAUGCACUGCAGGACGGUCCCAGGAGAGUGCUGUCCUUUUCGAACGUGGACAUCAGCGGGCCCCUCAAAGCCCCCGCCAGCCCUCAGCCCAGCCCGCCUCCUCCGCCAGGGUUCCCGCCCCGCCUGCAGGCAGUGGGAGCACCCAGCGCCCCUGCGAGGCCCCUGCCCAUCAGCCCGGCGCUCAGGCAGGCUCAGGGAGCCCGGAAGCCAAGCCCCCCACGGAAACCGCUACCUGCGGACCCUCUGAGCAAGCCAGGCCGGCUCAGCAGUGCUGCGGCCAGGCCCCGGGGCCCUGCGGAUUUGGGGCUCCAGCAGCCUCCCGUCAGACCUGCCCCCAAACACCCUCCCCACAUGCCACGACCCGCCCCGGCCUCCGGCAAGUGAGACGCCACCUGCCGGCCUGGACCGCCCCCAGACCAGUUUGCACUAGCCGC